CUCGCUCGCUCGCUCGCCGUUCUCUGACUUUUUCCCUUGACGUUUGUUAAAAACGCAUACGUGAAAUGUUGAUAUUUCAUUACAGCAGCGCUGCUACAGCUUCUGUUCCUUUUUGGUCUUUGGCGCUGAUAGAUGGUGUGCGAUUGCUUCUUGCUUUUGCCUUGAUUCACUAUACCGAGCAUAUAUGUAAGCAUUCAUAAUGUAAUGCUUUCCUUCUGAGUUACGACGGCCAUUGUGCCAUCCAUGUUUUUUGCUUAGCGGCCGAGAUAGCUUGCUUGGGUCAGGCAUAGGCUAGUUCUUUCUUCCCAUUCCAUACUUACCGAUCAAAUGCAUAGCACACGUUAGACGAAGCCGCCGUGAAUGCAGCCGCGAAUUUUACCUUCAUCCAGUCAGUGUUGUAUCUACACUAGCAGCGCAAAUAUCCGAGCAUUUAGCCCAGAUUUAAAAUUGGGCCGUGCUAUUAGAUAAAUUCAUAAGUUAACAAAUCUCCCCGUAUAACUUGCCCAGGCAGUGUUCGUGGGUAUUAUAAUACAUACAAAGCAUACACGCAUACAUAACCUAUCCGAAUUAAUCCCACUGCUGCUAGCGUGAUAGUAAAUCGAUAAUUUAACUCAAACCAUUACCAUUUUCCCCAUUUUACAUCGUUUCCCACAAUCUUACUUUUCCCAUUGCCAGAACCUGCGAAAAAGUUGACAUUUAUUUGGUAUUUUUAUUACAAAUUAUUCACAUGAUAAGAUUAAGUUUUGACUUAUUUUGUGCAAAGUUGAUGCGGUUGGCGCCAUUUUUUUUCAAGAUAAAUAUAGACCGUGUUCUAAUCUGCUGAUUACAGCAACUAAUUCGUAAUUUUAUAUUUUAAUCUUUUAUCUUAAAAAAUUACGACCCUAAAUGGGUAGCUCUGUAUGUGUGCUUUGUGCUUUCACUGCAUGAUUGCCAACGUAUACAAAAUUUGGCCAAAUUGAUUUUGAUAACCGAUUGACUUGUUGGCACAAUUUCAAAAUUUAAGCCCCCGAUUUUACCCCGCAUGCUGCAUUGGACGCAUGCACUUAAAUUAAACCCCUCUCUGUUUUUUUUACGUUAUGGUUGUUCUUUGAUUUAAUAGACAGAAAUCGAUACUUCUUGUUCCUAAUUUAACACCCUCCAUUUGAUUUUCUCACCGAAUAGGCCGUGUUUUGAAAGUAUUACUUUCUCUUACAAUUACAAAUAGCAGCCUAAUUCGUAGCCGUGUGUUGGGGCUGUCAGUCAAAUUAAAUUGAAUGCAUACUCCCCUUCUGUUUAUGUUUAUUUAUUCCCCGCCUCAUCAUCACACCACUCUGACUCGGAAUAUCGAGAAUCAUUCAAUAUCUUUUAUUCGGGUCGCUAAGCAAAGCUUUACAACGCCGCCUUUACUCGCAAUAAUUCGGACAGAAAAGAAGACGAUAAUAUUUCGCGAAGACAAAAAAGCAGACGCGGGGAGAAUAGUUAGUGAACUUGAUACUUGGACUCUUGAGGAUUCUUGUGAAACCGUCCCAUGUCCAAAGAGCAUUUCAAAUCCCAUAUUGCCAGUAGUUUGGGACUAUGUCCGAUUCAAGGAUCCAACACUCCGCUAGUCUCAUCGCUACGCUCCGCCGGCGAUCACAGCAGAAAAUCACACCCUGAUUCAAGAAGUUUUCAACCGGCUACAAGCAAAAUUUCUCCUAGUAGAACUCACAGCCGAUCGUUAAAACCAUCAACUAAUAGUAGUCAAUACAGUCCAACUUCUGCAGCUCGGAAUGAGUCGAAAUACAAUCCAACCUCAGAAAAUUACAAUUAUCAUCGACACGGAAGCGAAAACUUGGGUCUUCUAAAACCGGCGUAUACGAGCCGGGACAAUCUUAGCAGUCCAGGUCAAAAUACAGAUCAAGUUGUAAACUACUGGCUCAACUCCCGAGUUCCUACAUCGACAACAGUUACGACAACUAGUUCUUCUUAUUUGAAAAUCUUGAGUCCUGACUCGGUUUUUGAAGGUCCAAAUAUGUACCCAGGUAGUUAUCUCAACAACCAGACGUCUCAGGCGAACUCGGCCUCGUUUAACGUCCAACAAGCUUCGCAGUUGGCGUACCAUCCUCAAAGUGUGAACCAAAGUGGUGGAAUUUUGUACCCGGGACAGCAGAACUUUUUUACCGGCCAGAGUUCUGCAAUUCCACAGCCUGGCAUGCCUUUCCUUAGCACUCUGCAGCCUCUGCAAAUACCGAAUAACUCAGUUCAGCUCACUCCCCAACAAAUAAGCCAAUUUAGCGCGAACCCUGCGGUUAUACAGAGAAACGUUGCUCAAAUGCAGCAGUCUGCAAAUCACUUGGGCGGUCAGGGACAAAUUUCAAUUCCAAUGAGUCAAUUUCCUCAACAGCCUCAGCAUGCUUCCUCCUUCUCCGGCAUUUCGGGUUUGAAUCCUUCCAGCGGAGUUUUUGGGCAACCCUUAGGCAUGACAGUUCAAAAUCAGUCAUUGGCCCCAUCUAGUGGUGGCUUCGAAAACGAUGCAGAUUGGCGCUUCAGAAGAAGCAAAGAAAUGUUUGACCAGGCUCAAAGAAGUCACCAGCAACAGAGGGUACAAGAUCCUUACCUAAAAGCCAAUAGUUCGAGCACUUUUGGGACCCUACAAACACCUGGGAACCUGGGGCCUCUGAAUCAUUCGGGAACUUUUCAGCAUCUACAGCAACCGCAUCAUUUAGCACUUGGGAAAACCCAUUCCUACAUAGACGCAAACUUAUCACAAGUGAACUCCGCCUCUAAUUUAAACAAUCUAGCAGGCUUGGGCCAGAGUAUACGCAACGUCGGCAACUCAAAUCCGGCUUACGCCGCCACCUCAGACAAUCUUCCAAGCAUGCAUGGGACAAAUCGAGGUCCCCCUCCUGUUUCUUCCCGUCAAAACUGGUCCAAGUUUAGAUCCAAAAGUUUCGAUCACGAGGACCUUCUAACAUCCAACCAGUCGGUUUUUGGAGCAGGCAGUGCACAUAUGUUCAGUGGGAGUCAUAACCCUGGAAUGGAUCACAUGACUUCGACAAAUCACGGACCAAUUUCAGACUCCUUAGCCGGUGUAUCGGGUAGUUCUGGAUCCAGUGGUGGGUAUGGAAUUCCAGUAGAUCUGGCUUACAAACUUCACGCUACUCACCAGCCUAGUUCCGACUCGCAUUUAAGUCAUUCCAUUGGGACUAGUGCGCAUAGUUUGCACGGUGCUCACGCAUCGCACGCUUCGCACGAACUGCAGCGCAAUAAAUCCGUCUCAUUUGACAUUCCCAGCCACGUUGAACCUUACUUGGAUUUCGACGAAGCUUCAAAAUUAGCACAGAUGUUUCCCAAUUGCGCCGAGUGUCAAAAAUUGGAACAAGACAAACUUCUAUAUCGGCAAGCGCUGAGACUACGAAAGAAUAAUUCUGACAAAAGCCUUCACGAGUAUAUGCGCUCGGGUUUAGACCCGAGAGCUUCUUUCCCGAACCCAGUCGAGGACCGAAGACUCAAAGAUCUGGCCCAACUUAUUUCCGAGACCUUCUCCGAACGUCUCUUAGAAGAGGAGAGAGACCGAGACUCUUUGUACCCGGGCAAAUCUGCUUACUCACGGAGAGCAGACUCGGAUUACGGCCCGAGCUCUCUCUACACACCAGUUGGGCAAAAGAUACCAGCUACUCAACGGAGUUUACCUGGGAGUAGCAAAUGGGCCUUGACUUCGGCAGGUGAUCUACUAGAUGAUCACGUGCAGAUGAGUCCCUUAAGUGGGUACAAUUCUAUGUUGCGUUCUGGGAAGAAGAGAAGUGGUGCAGGUAGUGGAAUCCUGAGGGGGUCCGAGUACGACUCAUUGCCUUCGUACAAAGACAGUUCUCAAUAUUUGAACUUAGAAGGUCUGUCCCUUCGUGGGAGAAGCAGUUCCCGCCAAAUGGGCAAUUCGGGUCGCACUGCUCGGGAUCUUUCACUUGCGUCUGGAAUCGGAGGUCCCGGAUCCCUGUCGGGAGGCAUUGGAGGCACUGCACCUUCUGGCCGACACUCAGCUUAUGCUUCUGAUAUGGACUCCUACCUCUAUGACCGGGAGCGAUACGGCAGUGUGAAUCUGUCCCGUUUCAGCGAUUCCAGGAACCCCCCGAGUCAUCCCGUUGAUUUGGCGGGAGGCGGGGAUCGAAGGCGGAACCUAAAGGAUAUCCGCUAUUCGAGGGACUACGAAUUCAUACCACGAGCCGAAGAUAUGGGAUACUCAGGAGGAGGAGGAGGAGUUCGCAGAUCAAAGGCAAACUUGUCACCGACAUUUAUGGAAAACCACACUGGAGAAAUGGGUCCGCGAAGACACUCACCGAGAUCCCGGAAAUCUUCAGAUGCAUAUAACAGUUCAUCGGUCUACUCUCGGCACCCGCCGUCUCAUCGCAAGGGUCGCAGUAGCUCGGCACGCGAAGAUGAGCUGGCUUACCAUCGGAACGACAACACAUAUAUGAACACUGACUUCAUGGAUCAUCAAAAUCCGCCGCCUCCAAUGAACGCCUCAGGUCCAUCCUCCACUCGAAGUCGUCAAAGUGCUCGGCGCUACGUCAGUGCAGCCGGAACUCCGGGUCAGGCCAAUAAUUCUUCGGGCUACUACAACCCUCCUUCUCACUACAACUUCGGCGACGAGCGGGAAACGUACCGACGUGGAAGUAGCAGUGAUUCUGUGGAACGACUGUCAUCUCCUGAAAGAAUGGGUGGCCAGCGCCGAUCAGGGCGAAGAUUCCAGGGACGAAAUGGAGAACCUCUUGGUCCCCCGGGAAACGAUUACAGAGGUCACGAAGACAAAAUCCCCCCUCGAAGGUCAACUGGCUUCAAGGAUGAUCCAAGAAUCCCUGGCAGAAAUCAGAGUUUUGGAUCGGGACCCACCGACCAACAUCCGGGAGGCUCCAAGAAUAAACCAAACUUCGGACCACCAGCUGACAAUUACUCAAUGAAUGGAUCCGACCGUCAGAAACUGUCCGAAGUCCCCCCAAACCACUCAACAGAGUCCGGUUAUAGUUCACAAAGUCAGCACACCGCAAUGAGUCGCGAUGACCCCCGCAACGGUGCAGGGGGAAUGGGUCCCCCUCCGCAUAUGGGAAAUCAGCCACAGGCAAGGAUGCGACCGCAGCAUCAUCCGGCAGGGAAUGACCAAGGCAUGAUGGGCGCCCAAAACUCGGGACCGAUGCCCCGUGUUGAUCAGGAUAGUAUGGGGAAUAAUCGGGGAAAAGCAGACCGAUGAAGGAAGUUUUUAACAAAUUCGUAAAUUAACCAGAUAAUUUUUUGGGAAAAUUGAACUGCAGUUAAGUCCAGUUUUGCAUUUUUCAUCCUAAUUAUAAUCAAAUUGUAAAUUUAAAAUUGUACGUUUCGAAACUGCGAAAAAAUUUAUCACGCGUCUUUGCUUGUUUUACAUACACGACAUGACUUGGUUCAUGCAAUAUUUUACGACAUACUCUAUUUUGUAAAUGAUGAUUGAUACUAAUAAUACAUUUUGACAGAGGUGCUAAAG